AAAUUCAAGACCGAGGCGCGCAGCGCCGAGGUCUUGAAUUUCAAUGAAAGACCGACCAUGAGGUUGUUAUGUUGUUUAUAUACCGACCACACCCAUUCUCUAUUGUUCUCAAGAGGUUUUGCAGGGUUUUUGACAGUUUUUGUUUGUUAUUUGUCAAGCGAUAAGCGUGCGAGUGAUCAACGUUCAAUUUCGAUCAUUAGGUAAAUGCAUGAGGGUUUACGUAAAGCGCACACAAUGGAUUACCUUAUUUGUCUAUUUGAGAUGUUUUGUUUCGGCCAUUUAAGAGGGAGUGGUGCAGCUUUUGUAGGUGUAAAGUGAUGAAGAAGUAAUGGAGUCCGGCGAUUCGGAUCCAGAAAUGUAUAUUACCCAGUCAAGUACACAGCGAGAAAGAUCUUUCCCUGUACUUGAUGAUUUGUACCAGGAUACAAUUGCGCCAGAUGAAUAUAUGUGGCCUUUUGUUGGGGAAAUAAAGGAAGUCGAAGAGCAACCAAGUGUAACGGAUUUGGAUCGCUUUGGCAAGCCAGUAUGUGAGACAGAAGUUCGGGCAAAGAUAGAUGAUUGUGUGCCAAAAUCAACAAGAUACAAGGAUAAGUGGGCUGUUACGUUGUUUGAGAAUUGGCGAGAACAAAGGAACAUAAAAGUUCGCAGAGUAAACGAAAGAAGUGUUGAUGAUGGGGAUUGUGGCUUAGAAGUUAUAGAAAAUUCCGUUGACGUGAUGUCUGACGAUGAACUAAAUCGGACAUUGGCAUGUUUCAUUUGCGAAGUCAGGAAAAGUGAUGGAAGGAAGGGAAAACAAGUGAGGUUAUUGAACGACGACAAAUUCGAGUAUUUGCGAAAUGCAUUGGACGCUGUGAUGAAAGAAAGUGCGUCGGCAGGUCUUGGACUUACAAGAAAACAAGGCGAGAAAAUAAAGAAACGGUGUAUUGUUCGUUUGUACGACAAGUAUGUCAGUUUGUGCCCUAGUGUUGGCGCUGAGAGUUCGACGGCAUUUUAUCGUACUGCUCUGAAAUGUCCGAAGCCGAAUUGCUGGUACAGCAGUGUACCUGUGGGGCAUAAUAAACUGGCUUCAACUGUUAAACGAUUAUGCGAGCUGGCGGGUCUUUCUGGCUACAGAACGAAUCAUUCUCUACGAGCAACAGCAGCAACUAGGAUGUACGAUAAGGGGGUUGAUGAGCAGCUUAUAUGUGAAAAGACAGGUCAUCGAAGCGAUGCUGUGAGAGCCUACAAGAGAACUUCAAGUGAACAGCAAGUUGAAGUGUCUGAUAUUUUGUACGGUGUUCAUGCAAGUACGUCCAAGAAAAUUAAGGAAGAAGAACGAUGUGAGACUAAAGACAAGGGAUGUGUGGAAAAUAAAAAAGGCGAAAAUGAGAGUUCAAACGCAAGGAUCAGUGGUGAUAAGUCUUCGAUAAACAUAAAUUUCAGUUUUAUUGUGAAUUAAAUAAUUUUUAAGUUGUUGUGUGGUCGUGUGUAUGUUACGUAUAGUUUAAGCGUGUGUAUGUUAUCAACAUUUAAGUAAAUUUUUGUUGUGUUCCCUGCGUUUGGAUAUUUUAUGGGUAUUUUUGAGUUCAGCUAAUACCAAGUUUUGAUUCGUAAAAGUACAAGUUUUGAAUUGAAUUUCAAGACCUGAACUGGGUCUUGAAUUUGAAUGUAAGACCCGUACCGGGUUUUACAUUUUCAGCCCCGCUCUCCCCUCUAGAAAUCAAAAACCGCGCCCAGCUUUCAGAACGAGGUCUUGAGUGGGAAACCAAAACCGAUUUAGAACAAUAGAAAAUGG